ACCCCGAGAAUUCCAAAUAAAAGACGCUGCGAAUCCGAACACGUCGCUCUUAUUAGUUCUCUCGCACGUCAAUCAAGCCAUUCUUUGAUCCCUUCGCCUUCGUCUCGAAGCAAAAAGAUCCAAUUUUUCGAUCCCUACUGCCCGCCCCGAUCCAGAUUAGGUUUUGCUGGUGAUCUUGGUUUGGGGCUAGGAUGGGAGGAGGAAAGGUUUGGUUGCUCUCGUUGUGUGUUGUUUUUCUCUGGGGUGGUUGUUUGGGGAGGUUUGUGGUGGAGAAGAACAGCUUGAAGGUGACAUCGCCGGAUUCGUUGAAGGAUGUUUAUGAGUGUGCGAUUGGGAACUUUGGGGUUCCUCAGUAUGGUGGGACUAUGGUUGGGAUUGUGACUUACCCUAAGGCAAAUCGAAAGGCUUGUAAAAGCUUUGAUGAGUUUGAUAUCUCCUUCAAGACUAAACCUGGAGGGCUUCCAAUUUUUCUCCUUGUGGAUAGAGGAGAUUGCUAUUUCACAACAAAGGCAUGGAAUGCACAAAAUGCUGGAGCUGCUGCAAUUCUUGUUGCAGAUGACAAGUUGGAACCUUUAAUAACAAUGGACUCACCUGAAGAAGGUGGAGAAGAUCAUGUACAGAAUAUUACCAUUCCUUCGGCACUCAUCAGCAAAGCCUUUGGCGAUAAACUCAAGGAAGCUCUUACAAAUGGUGAAAUGGUUAAUGUCAACCUGGAUUGGAGGGAAUCAUUGCCCCAUCCUGAUGAACGUGUGGAGUAUGAAUUCUGGACAAACAGCAAUGAUGAAUGUGGGCCUAAGUGUGAUGCUCAAAUAGAAUUUGUGAGGAACUUUAAAGGUCCAGCACAAAUCCUUGAGCAAAAGGGCUAUACACAGUUCACCCCACAUUAUAUUACUUGGUAUUGCCCUGAAUCUUUUGUUCUGAGCAAGCAGUGCAAAUCACAGUGCAUCAACCAUGGGAGGUACUGUGCACCUGAUCCUGAGCAGGAUUUCAGCAAAGGAUAUGAUGGGAAAGAUGUUGUUGUCCAGAACUUGCGUCAGGUCUGCGUGUUCAAGGUUGCUAAUGAAAGUGGAAAGCCUUGGCUAUGGUGGGAUUAUGUUUCUGAUUUUUCAAUCAGAUGCCCUAUGAAGGACAACAAGUACACCAAGGAAUGUGCUGAAGAAGUUAUCCGGUCAUUGGGUGUUGAUAUCAGGAAGGUGAAUGAUUGUGUUGGAGAUCCUGAUGCAGAUAAGGCAAACCCCGUGCUUAAAGCUGAACAGGAUGCACAGAUUGGCAAAGAUUCUCGUGGAGAUGUUACCAUCUUGCCAACUCUCGUUAUCAACAAUAGGCAAUACCGAGGUAAGCUAGACAAGGCAGCGGUGCUUAAAGCAAUCUGUGCAGGCUUUAAGGAGACCACGGAGCCAGCUGUUUGUUUAACUGAUGAUAUAGAAACCAAUGAAUGUCUGGAAAACAAUGGUGGAUGCUGGCAAGAUUUGGCUGCUAAUGUUACUGCUUGCAAGGAUACUUUCCGUGGAAGAGUGUGUGAGUGUCCUGUUGUACGAGGUGUGAAAUUUGUCGGUGAUGGGUAUAACCAUUGUGAAGCUUCUGGUCAAGGACGAUGUGAAAUUAACAAUGGAGGAUGUUGGCAUGAUACACAAAAUGGGAUUACACAUUCAGCUUGUAAUGCGGAAUCGGAUGGAUGCAAAUGCCCGGCCGGCUUCAAAGGUGAUGGUGUCAAGACAUGUGAAGAUAUCGAUGAAUGCAAAGAUAAAUCAGCCUGCCAGUGCCCGGAGUGCAAUUGCAAAAACACAUGGGGAAGUUACGAUUGCAGUUGCAGUGGUGAUCUCUUGUACAUGAAAGAGCAUGAUUUAUGCAUAAGUAAGAAGUCUUCGACGAAGUAUAGCUGGGGUUUUCUGUGGGUUAUAUUCCUUGGCCUCGCUAUAGCUGGAGUCGGAGGAUAUGUAGUGUACAAGCACCGUAUUCGGACUUACAUGGAUUCGGAGAUUCGCGCCAUCAUGGCUCAAUACAUGCCUUUAGAUAAUCAACCCGAAACUGCCACCCAUGGCCCCUUUGCUAACAUCUGAUUCGCGGCAUUUGCUGCUGCUGCUGCUGUUUCAGUUCAUGGGAUCAUUGCUUUCGCUUCGCUGUUUCGAUGAGAUGAUCUCUUUGCAUAUACAUAGUUAUGUAAAUUCCGAACUCAGUAUGAACAGUAUCUAAAAUGGUGUUUAGGAUUUGGAUCUUUCUCUCCCUUUUUUGAAUUUUAUUUAUUUUAACAUGCUUGCCAAAAUAAUUUUCUUUUGGGAUC